GUGAGCGCCCCGGCGCUGCAGGGCGCCCGGCCCGGGGAGACCGAGGAGAACGUGCGGCGCGUCUUCCAGCGCGCUCGGGAACUGGCCAGCCGCGGGCCCAGCCUCCUCUUCCUGGACGAAGUGGAUGCCCUGUGUCCCCGGAGAGGUGGCCCGCGGCGAGCCCCGGAGAGCCGGGUAGUGGCCCAGGUGCUGACGCUGCUGGACGGCAUCCACGGGGACCGGGAGGUUGUGGUUGUGGGAGCCACCAACCGGCCAGAUGAGUUAGACCCAGCGCUGCGCAGGCCCGGGCGGUUUGACAGAGAGGUUGUCAUUGGGGCUCCCACACUUAAACAAAGAGAGACAAUUCUACAAGUGAUUACUUCCAAGAUGCCCGUCUCCAGUCAGAUUGACUUAGGUCUCUUGGCAGAAAUGACAGUUGGCUAUGUUGGUGCUGACCUGACCGCACUCUGUAGGGAGGCUGCCAUGUGUGCCCUUCUUAAGCAUGAGAAGAACCAGGACAGUCCUCAAAUUGAUGAAACUGACUUUCUUGACGCUUUGAAAAAGAUUCAGCCCUCAUCAUUUCGAAGUUCUAUUGGGCUGAUGGACGUCAAGCCUGUUGGCUGGGAGCAGAUAGGGGGACUUGAAGAUGUGAAGCUGAAGUUAAAGCAGUGUGUCGAGUGGCCUCUGAAGUUCCCUCAGGAGUUUGCUAGGAUGGGUCUGAAACAGCCAAAGGGCCUUCUCCUCUAUGGCCCCCCCGGAUGUGCUAAGACCACUCUGGUGAGGGCCCUGGCCACAAGCUGCUACUGCUCUUUUGUGUCAGUGAGCGGAGCCGACCUCUUUUCACCUUAUGUUGGAGAUUCGGAAAAAGUCUUGUCUCAGGUAUUUCGACAAGCAAGAGCCAAUACUCCAGCGCUUGUGUUUUUGGAUGAAAUUGACUCAGUCUUGGGGUCUCGCUCAGUCGGCACCUUGGGAUGUGAUGCUCGGGAGCGAGUUCUUUCAGUUCUGCUGAAUGAACUCGAUGGUGUGGGAGUUAGGACGGUAGAGAGAAGAGGGAAUAAAUCAGACCACCAGGAAUACCAAGAGAUUCUUCAUCAGAAUGUCAUGAUCGUUGUGGCCACCAAUAGGCCUGACGUCUUAGAUGAUGCCUUGCUGCGGCCUGGAAGACUGGAUAAGAUGAUCUAUGUCCCCCCUCCUGAUCAGGAGGGCAGGCUUUCUAUUUUAAAAGUCUGUACAAACAACAUGCCGAUAGGGCCUGAUGUUUCUUUAGAAAAGCUAGCAGCAGAAACGGGUUUUUUCUCUGGAGCUGAUCUUAGAAACCUCUGCAAAGAGGCUGCCUUGUUUGCUCUGCAAGAGAACGGACUGGAAGCAACCUCAGUGAAGCAAGAGCACUUCAGGGAAUCGCUUAGGACUGUGAAGCCGUCCUUGAGUCGGGAAAGCUUGACAGUGUAUGAAAACUUAUUUAAGAAAGGACUUUCUUCCUUGGAAGAUAAUUAAAUUUUUAUUUUA